AUCAUGAUAGUUCAACUCAAAACAUAGAUUGGGGUAAACAAAAGCUGCGUCUGUGCUGUUAUUUGCUGACUUUUAGUCGGCUGACGAGAUUAUCUGGUUUUUGAGAGGAAGUCAGAUCUGAUCUACUAGAGAAUCCGAGAAAAGGAUCAACUUUUUGCCAAGAAGAGUAAACGACUUAGGUUCUGCUGACAGAUAGAUUACUGCAGUGCAAAUGAAUAUCUUCCGCCGCUGCACGCACUCAGUGUCCUCAGACGAGACAGGAGGGGGAGGGGCCACUGUGACUCAUGAUGAAGUACUGAAUCCCUACUCCAUCCUAGGAGAGGGAGAGAACUUCCCAGUUUACCUCAAUGUGUACGACUUGAACCGCCUGAAUAACUACACAGGACCUGUGGGGUUUGGAGUAUAUCACACGGGAGUUGAGGUCCAUGGAACAGAAUACAGUUUCGGGGGCCACCCCUACCCUAUCAGUGGAAUAUUUGAAAUGGACCCUAGAUCAGCAGCCGACCUCGGACAGAACUUCAACUACAAGGAGACUGUGGUUCUGGGCCAGACGUAUCUUGAUCUGGAGAGUGUUCACGAGAUAGUGCAACAGUUAGGAGAGGACUUCAAAGGAUACACUUAUCAUUUAGUCCACAAGAACUGCAACCACUUUUCAAUGGCAUUCUCCAGGAUUCUCUGUGGGGCUGAGAUUCCCAACUGGGUGAACAGACUGGCCUCUCUCACCGCCUGUCUGCCCUUCAUCCAGAGAUGCAUCCCGGCAGAGUGGCUCACCCCAGUCGCCCUCGCAGAGUCCCUUCGCAACAAUUCAGACGCCACACCACUCACAGACGAGGUGCAAAUCACAGCGAACGGUAUCCUUGACUCUCAGGUGAUCAGCAACAGCUCCUCUCGGAAUGCAAUCGAAGUGUACGACUCAGUGGGAGGAGCCACGACAACAGAAAACAAUGCGGUGCACUUUGUUGGGAACAUUUCCCAAAAUACACACCCCUCUAAUGCACGAAGUAGACCAAGUUACAGCAGCUAAACGAAUCGAAAGGACAGUGAAGUUCAAAAAGUGCAGACUUAGAGACUAACUUUCUUCAAUUCUUUUGGAUGACCUGCAUUUCAAACUCCUACAAUUUCUGUCCCUAAAGAUUUCUUCCCUGUCCGAAAUCAAUUUUGUUAAACUCUUUAAAUUGUUCAUUUUCAUGUACAUAAUUUAUCUUAUCGACCUUAGGUUAACAUGAUAUUACCAUCCCAGAGUGCAUGUUAAUAUUUGUACUGACAUGAUGUAUCUUAUUCCUUGAUUGUUAGCUGGCGAGAUUUGAUUUGAUUUUUUGAAAAUUAAAUCAAGGCUACUGAAUGAUGGCCUAACAAUGACUAUGAAAGAGCAGAAAAUUGGAGUUACUGCUAUUGAAAUUUAGUCGUUCAAGUUUGACUGCACCUUUGAGUGCUUUAGAUACAUAAAACUUGUGCAUCUUUUUAUCGCUAAUUAUUUUUCUAUCCAACCAAUGAAUUUAAAUUUUUUAGCUGU